AUGAGUGUUAAAAGUGAAAAAGUGUUAGAUGUAGUGUCCGGAUGGGAGGCAGUUGAAUUAAUAUUUAAAUGUGUUUUCGUGGGUUUGUGGCAAAUGAUAAAACUUUCAGUACGAAGGUUAUGGAAAGGACACCGUAGGAAAAUAUCAAAAAAUUGUCCACCUGUGGAACUAACCGUAGAUUCCUCUAUUGGUAUACACUGUUAUAUCAAAAUUAUGGGCGUAAAAUACCAUUAUGUAGAAACAGGACCUAAAUAUGGUAAAAUAGUUCUUAUUCUUGGAGAUGCACCAGAUACUGGUGGCUUGUGGGUACCUAACUGGUCAUCAUUAGUGAGACGUUUAGCAGAGCUCGGUCACCAUAUCAUUACACUGGACCUCAGGGGGACAGGAGCCAGUGAACCAGGGGAUAGAAAAGAGCUGUCUCCGUCAAGAGCUGUUGCAGAGUUAAAAUUUCUUUUAACAACUCUUGGUGUGACUGAUACUAAUCCUGCAAUAGUUAUUGGGUUUGGUAUAGGUGGUAUGUUAACUUGGUACUUGGUCCAUUGUGAAGGAUCAUUGGUAAGCAAGUUCGCGGUGAUCUCCGCACCGCAUCCGAAUCUUUACUGGCAACACCCGCCUGCGGCGUUUUGUAAGAGCUCGUUGUAUUUUAUCCAAUGGCCAUAUUUUCCUGAAAAAUGGCUCGCUGAAGGGGCGAUGCAGGAAGACGGUCGGUGGGCCAGUUCCCGCGCUAGGGACUGGAGCGGAGCUUUAAACUAUGUCAGAGGUGCGGCCUGGUGUCGUAUACAUCCUGAGCAUACAGUUCAAGCUCGUGGUCUGUUGGUCGGAGAUCGUGAUAGCGCAGCACAGUUAGUGGCAAGUGCUCAGUACUGCUCACAUCCCGCUCUUCGACUGCUAUCAAAUCCCAAUCCAGGGGAUAAAGAUUUACCCGGGUUGCUUUUGGACUUUCUUGUUGGUAAACAGAAACCACCAGAAGAAAUACCAAAAGGGCUAAUGGGCAGGGUCUUAGGGGCUGUAGCCGAUCGGGGGCGAGAACUCACCGCCCGACUAGCGUUACCGGCUAAUGCGUAACAUUUUAAAAAUGUUACAAAUUACGAUUUAUAAAUAUAAAAAUAGUAGAAAAAGAAUUUUAUCGAAUAUUCUUAAAAUGUAUAUUUAAGUCUUGUAGAAUGAUUUUGUGUUCCUUCAAGUUUGGAGCUCCUGGUGUUUUGUACGUCCUUAUGGGCCACUCUAAGCCGUUGGCAU